AUGAGUGUAUUAUUACUCGUAUUACUGAUUGCUUUCUCAAAUGGACAAAUGUAUGCUAUGGUAAGUACAUUUGGAGGAUAUGAUGUAGUUAGCCCAAUUGAUGCUUGUAGAGGAGAACAAUGCAGAAAACAAGUUAAGGCAAUUAUGACUAAAGCACAAGCAUUAGAAAAUAGUUUAAAAAAAUUAGAUGAUACUGAAAGAGCGUUAGUACGUGAAAACGAACAUGAUAUGGCAGAUAUGGCAGUAUUUACAAGCCACGAUGAAACAAAAACAUUAAGAAAUAAAAUCCAAGUUCAAAAUGAAAAUUUGAGAAAAGUAAGAAAGACUAGAGUUGAAUUAAUGAGAACGUUAUAUAAACUUGUUGGCAAAUUAUCAGUACCACAACAAGGACGUUUAAUUAGAUAUUUAAAUCUUGAACACAGAAUUGAUAUUAAAUAUGAUAAUUUUAAAGAAGGAGAAGGUAUUCCACAAAAAAUGAAAACAUGUGAAAACAAGCGUGGAGUUGACCCAGAAAUUGACGAAAAUUAA